CAUGAAACAAUGCUGGUGUUUAAUGGAACCUGUGCUUCAGUUGCGUUUCGAAGUGUCGAGUGCGCGUUGCUUAUUUUUUCGCGCUUUGUCGUUCUUGAUUUUAUUGCUUCCGUCAGUUGAAAGAAACGUUACCGGCAAUAUGAUUUAAAGGGAAUGCCCUAAUUCUUGUUCUCAAAUGAUAAGUGCCUUAUGAAUAAUAUAAUUUGCGUGGAAUCCUUUGCUGUUAAAGCGAUUUGCGAAAACAGUUGUGAUAAAUUGAUUUAUAGUGUUUAUGAUAAUUUAAUUUUGUGUUUGUGUUUGUGGAAUUAUUUUAAAGUAUUCUAACAACUUUAUUUGGAUGACUUUGUUGAAGGCUAAAACCGGCAGGUGACUUCACCGUGAAUCAGCUUCUACGAGAAGUUUUACUCAUAAAUUCACCAGUAAAAAUACAAAACACCAAUAAAGAUGUUGCAGCAGAUAUUACGUGAUAUGCACGUAGAUCCGGAGAUCUUAGCGGAGCUCGAUGACACCCAGAAGCAGACACUCUUCUGUCGAAUGCGCGAGGAGCAAGUCAGGCGCUGGCGGAUCCGCGAGGAACAGGAAGCAAAAUUAUGGGCUUGUGGAGGUGCAUUGAAAAAGGAACGAAAGCCAAGCAAACGUGGAAAGAACGUUAGUUUUUUAAAAGGCGAAGAUGGCGAACCUUGGGUUUGGGUGAUGGGAGAACAUCCAAAUGACCCGAGCAUCGAAGAAAUCUUGGAAGCGGAGGCUCGCGAAACUGCACGCCGGCAAGCGGAGCAGGAAGCGCAACAGUUACGCCACACCGUUGAAGCCGAACUCGGCGAGCUGCUUAUGCGAUGCGAUUUAGCUGCGGAACAAAGCAAGGCGAAGGAAUCAUUGAAUCCGGAGAGAAUAGAAGAUUCGAUGGAGAUUUAUUGUUCGGUUGAUGAGCUCAGAGCCAAAGCGCCUCCUCAAAAGAUCUCCGCCGUAGAACAGAAACAAGUUGAAAUGAAUAACCGUUAUAAUUGGAUUCAAUCAAAUAAUAUUAAUAACGGACAAAUUAAUAACACGCCACCUAAAAACAAUGUCAAGAGUGGAAACUUUGCAUUUCAUAGUGACAGCAAGAUAGAUGUUUUACAGGAACUGACGCUAAAUAAGCCUCAUAGGGUGGCGCAGCGUGUGGCGAUGUGGGAACGCAGAGUAAUAGGCGAACGAACUUCUGAAAUUUUCAAAAAUCUCCAAAAGAAACAAGCCGAAACCGCUAAGGAAGCUGAAGAAGCCGCACAAAGACAAGAACAACUUUGGCGGGAACAAGAACGUAAAGCAAAAGAAGCAGAAACUCAGAUUCGCGAAAUAGCGAGGCGCGCUCGUGAGCAACACCGGCGCUCGGCGACUACAAUACCUCAGCAACAACAUGGCGGUAAUACUAUAGGCACCACUGCCAGUAAUACUACUACAGGCAUAAUUGGCAAUUCAGGUCCUAGUUCGAGUACCAGCAGUCCCCCUGGCAGUCUCGAAGCAGGCAUGCCACGACCGCCGAGUGCCCGCGCUGUUCUGGACUGGUACCGCGAAACAGAAGUGCGACGCAAUGCGGGCAUCGAGCGUGAUGGAAGGGUGUCGUCGUGGUUUCACGGUUUGAUAACACGACAAGAAGCGGAACAGGCCUUGAAUGUUGAGAAAAUGGGGACAUUCCUGGUGCGGCUCUCUGAACGUAUUUGGGGAUAUGCAAUUAGCUACAAAGCUGAAGAUAGGAUUAAGCAUUAUUUAGUAGACGCCUCUAAUGGCCAUUACCAGUUCCUGGGAGAUAAUCAGUUAUCUCAUAAAACUCUUGGUGAUUUAGUUUCUCAUCAUGCCAGCGAACCGAUCACAAUGAUUGGUGGUGAGCUGUUGAAACGUCCAUGUCCUCUUCCACGAAAGAUAUUACCUAAAAUUGCUAGUUCAUAAUAUAACUAACGCAUUGUGUUAUAUAUAUGACUGAUAUGACUGUGACACCCGAUCAAAAUGUAUUUAUAUAAUACAUUUAGGAAUAUAAAUGCCUUUUAUUUCCUUUUAUCUACAUAGUCGACUCUAUUUUAGUUAGAUGUUUUAAAUAAAUCAUUAUGACUGUGAAUAAUUAAAAUUUAGAAAUGUGUAGGUAGUCCAA